AUGUCCACAGAAGAAUAUAAGGCUAAGGGUAACGACGCAUUCCGUCAAAAAAACUUCCAAGAAGCAAUUGAUUAUUUUACAAAGGCAAUAGAAGCCUCUGAAACAUCAAACCAUGUUCUAUACUCAAACAGAUCUGCUUGUUACGCUUCUUUGCAUAAAUAUGACGAUGCCUUAAAUGAUGCAAAUGAGUGUGUGAAAAUCAACCCAACAUGGGCAAAAGGUUACAAUAGAGUUGGUGCCGCAGAGUUUGGUCUAGGUAAAUACGAGGAAGCAAUCAAUGCUUAUAACAAAGCGCUUGAAAUCGAGCCAACUAACGCAAUGGCAAAGGAAGGUCUUACUUCAGCCAGUCAAGCAAAGGAGUCUGCCUCCAGUCCAAAUGUAAAUGAUAUGUUCGGCAAGUUUACUGAUCCACAAUUGAUUAACAAAUUGAAGGUUAACCCUAAAACAGCGGAAAUGAUGAAGGAUCCUUCCCUUGUUGAAAAAGUCAGAAAAAUGCAAACAGAUCCUCAAUCCGUUGCCCAAGAUAUGAUGUCUGAUCCAAGAUUAAUGACCGUUGUAACUACUAUUUUGGGUAUUGAUUUGCAGCAACCACCUAAUGGCGGUGCUGGUGCACCUUCUUCAUUUGACAAUGAUGUACAAAUGAAGGAUGCAGAACCAGCAUCAGCAGCUGCAGAUGAAAGUCCAGCGCCAAAGAAGGAAGAAACAAAACCAAAGGCAGCAGAAAAACCUAAGGAGGAGCCAGUUUCUUCUGAAAAGGAGCUAGCAGAUUCCUACAAAGCACAAGCUAAUACCUUGUAUAAGCAAAAGAAAUUUGAUGAAGCUAUUGAAUUGUACAACAAGGCUUGGGAAACCUAUAAAGAUAUUACUUAUUUGAACAACAGAGCAGCCGCGGAGUUUGAGAAGGGUGAUUACGAUGCUUCUAUUCAAACCUGCCUAACUGCUGUAGACGAAGGUAGAGAAAUGAGGGCAAACUAUCAACUUGUUGCAAAAUCUUUUGCCAGAAUCGGUAACUGCUACGUGAAAAAGGACGAUUUGAAGAAAGCAAUCGAAUAUUACGAGAAAUCAUUGACCGAACAUAGAAAUGCAGACACCCUUAAAAAAUUAAGGGCAGCUGAGAAGGAAUUGAAAGAUAGGGAAGCUCGUGCAUAUAUUGACAAAGAUAAAGCUGAAGAAGCGAGAUUGAAAGGUAAGGAAUACUUUACUCAAGGCGAUUGGCCUAAUGCAGUUAAGGCGUACGCCGAAAUGAUCAAGAGGGAUCCUAGUGAUGCUAGGGGAUACUCAAACAGAGCUGCUGCUUUGGCUAAAUUGAUGUCUUUUCCAGACGCUAUCAGAGAUUGUGAUGAGGCAAUCAAGUUAGAUCCUACUUUUAUUAGAGCAUACAUCAGGAAGGCCAAUGCUCAACUAGCAAUGAAAGAAUACAAGCCAUGUAUCGACACACUAUACGAAGCUAAGGAUGCAGAAAUGAAGAAUGGAAACAACCCUGCAACUUUGAGGGAAAUUGAAGGAUUAUUGCAAAAGGCUCUAAGUCAAAGAUUCGAACCAUUAGAGGGUGAAACAUAUGAACAGUCUGUUGCAAGGUUCCAAAAGGACCCAGAAGUUGUUGAAAUUCUUCAAGAUCCUGUUAUGAAUACCAUUUUACAACAAGCCCAAGGUAACCCAGCUGCACUACAGGAACACAUGAAGAAUCCUGAAGUUUACAAGAAGAUUCUUAUUUUGAUGGCUGCUGGUAUUAUCAGGACCCGUUAA